AUGCAUAUCAAGCGCGAGUAUACCACGAUGGAUGACUACUCGAGGGAUUACUACAUGUCUCAAAGUCCGCCAGCCGACCCGAGCAUACGGAUAUGCUCUGUAACGAACGAGAACUGGCGUGGCAAGAAUGAUCCACAGGAAAGGAGGCGCAUACAGAAUCGGCUGAAUCAAAGAGCAUUCCGUCAGAGACAACGAGCAGGAGAGUCUCCCAGAUUGUACAAGGCGAGGACUGCUUCCAGCGAACCAUCAUCUGAGCAAGGUGAUGAGGAGUCUCCGGCCGCAGAUGAUGAGGAUGAGCCACAGCAUUCUUCGGCAGAAAGUCAGCCUACCUCCGCACCUUCCACCACUCAGCCGAAUGGAGUAGCCGAUCCAGCAACAGGACGAGUUUGGGACGAGUUGGCACAACUCAUCAACCGCAAUCUCCUCGCAGCGGCGGCGGCCAAUGCUACAUCAAUUGGUGUCAAUCUUGCAGCUCUGCAGAGCGCGACCCCAGCAGUCACGCCACGUCCUUCCAAAAGUGGGCUGACAGCAGCACUGCAACCUAUACAACUACAAUAUCAAGUGCAACAUGAUCCUAUCAUUGACACCAUACCUCAUCCUCGACUACGAUAUAACAUCCUACGAGCUAUCGCAACUCGACAGCUGGACGCCAACUCAUUUACGACCGACCUCAGAGCUUCAGGUGCGCUAACCAACAUACAAGGACAAUGGUUGAGAGGCGGCUUGGUUGUUUGGAGCUCGCCGGAACAGCUCGCCAGCUGGGAGCUAUCGGAGCUGUGGAUCCGACGAUUCUCACAACUGCUUCAAGGGUGCGAUGAUCUUCUAGCAGCUACGAACGCCUGGCGGAGUCGACGCGGCGAAAGGCUUUUCCCGACUUCACUGACGGGAAAGUAG